UCUUCCUGGCAAGUUUGUGAAGAUAGCUGGCAGGUGGCUGUUUCUGUUCCAAUGUGGUCUUGAGAGGCUCUGUGCACACCAUGGGAGGUGAUUGGUGGACAGGUUUUUGUUUUUGUUUUUGUUUUUGUUUUGCAUGAACAGUAGCUUCUUAUCAGUUGCCUGUACCAGCCCAUCCUGCUUGCACAAAACAGGAUGACAUGUGGGACCAUGGCUCCAAAGUGAAGCUUGCACUGAUUUUAUUUAAAGCUGGAAAGGAUCUUGGAGGUCAUCUCCACUAAACUCCUCAUUUUAUAGAAGAGGAUACUAAGUCCUGAAGAGGGAAUGUGACUUUGUUUUGCCUUUGACCCAUCCCAUAGAGAGCAGAAUGGGACCAGCUUUCAUAUGGGCUAAACUAUGUUGCUUUCUCAAGGAAAAGCAGUCCUAAAAGUUGGUUGAGGUUGGGGUGAAUAAAAACCAAAGAAGUGGCCAACUUCAAAUUCUGAAUUUAUGGGGAAAUUCCAAAGCAGAGGUGAGAGGAGUGGGAUUUAGUUGAAAGAACCUUGAUCUGGGAAUUGAGCGACUCGGGUUCUGCUUCCAGCUUUAAAGCUCUCUGUGUAAUCUUUGGUUAGUUACUUGCUCACGGUCACUGGAGGAAAUUAAUUCUUCUUCACAUAUCACUUAGUCAGCUCAUGGCAGGAAUACUAUCCCCAAACAGAGCAGGUCCUAAGGCUAAUUUCCUUCUAGAGUCAAUGGCCUCAUCUUCUUAGAGCUGUCGUUGACCAUGUUCUGUAGACUUUAGGCCACAAGUGUAGGAAGCUCUCCAGCUUGAUGGGUGCCAACCAUCAUGGAACUUAAAGUACAGUUGCUACAUGGCCAUGAAGAACUUCAUCUUCUCUUUGACUGGUUCCUCAAGUUCAGAGAUUUUUGUUUUCUGAAUCCCCAUAGUGCCGAGUAGGUGCUCAGAUUGUAUAUGCUUUACAUGUCUGAGUCAUUGAACUGAUGUUUGUGUGUGUUUUCAUGAGUCACAUGGAGGUACGAUCCAAGUCUACUUUGAAUAGUUUCUGUUACUGUGGCUCCAUGGAUCGACCAGUCGCCUCAUCUCCAAGUGGUACAGGCAUGCAUCUUGAAACACAAGCCAUCUGAUUUAAGAAUUGAACUGUGUUGAGGAGCUCUGUGGUUUGUGAUGGGGUCGAUUUGAAGUCGGUCAUUCUGUGCCUAAGUAGGCAACAAUUGAGGGGAGGGGAUGCCACGGAAGGAGUGGGGAGAUAGGAGGGGUGGGGAGAAGCUUCUUCCAGGCUUCCAAAUUACCCAAGGAGAUGUGGAUAGCAAAGAAAUCGCUAGGAUUAUGGUGGAUUGUGAUCAGUUUCCAGGAUCUUCUCAGAGGAUCGUUAAGAGAGCAGAUAAAUUUCUCGUACGGGACCCAUCCAGAAUAGGAUAUCCUCAUGGGUUAGCUGUGUUUUUCCUUUACCUGGGGUGUCAUGCAAAUGCAGCCAGUUAACCUGAUGGAUGGCCUCAGCUGGGAUGGAAGGCAAUUGAUGGAGUUUGUUUUACCCUCUGUUAUCAAGGCUCAUAAUAUGAGCUUUAAGGCUUUAUGGCUUGAUUAGUGGCAUCAGCGCUUGAAAGAGCUGGCUUUAGGGCUGCUGUGGAAGGUUACAGGGAGAGUAAUUAGAUGGUAGUUGUGAAAUGGGGGGCGGUUUCCAUUUACUAAUGGCGUUGAGGGAGCCCUGCCUGGCACUGAACCCCCGUGGUGAAUUUAUCAAAAAGAAAAUGAGUUGGUUAGUUUGGGUGAUCUGCUCUCAGCUUUCUCUCCACCUGUAGUUAAUGCCCGUGACCUGCUGCCUGGGAGCCCACUAGAGCCUCUGUUUCCUCUAGUCCUUUGCUUCUCCAAGCAUGGUCCUUGAAUCAGUGGUGUCCCACAUCCCCUGGGAGCUUCUUAGAGUAAACGCAGAACCCACACUGGCAGAGUCUGGAUCUGCAUUUUAAACAAGGUUCUCAGGGGGUCUGGGUGUACUUUAACAUUUGAGAAGCACUGGACCAGCACAGAUGCCCCCUGAGGUUAGAGAUUUGUGGCAAUGUGUUUUUUAUUGGGUAGUGCAAUAAAAUAUUUGAACCCUAGGGCUGCUGUAGGUUUCCAGCCAGUGUCUUUAAUUAGAACCUGGAUUUGUCUGUGUGGACGUGUGUGUGUGUCCAUUGUCACUUGUGGCGUCAGUAUAGGGUUGUGGUUUACAUCUCCUGUGCCCCUACCCCCCUCCGCUAACCGAGUUCUUGGCAUAGCUAGUCAUUUCUCUGAAUGCAAGUCUGGCAUCACAGAAUGUGGUGGUGGGGAGGAUGACCAGAACACCACUUUCUUCCUGUUGCUCCUCUGAACAGGAGCCCAUGGUACCUCCCAUUGCCUGCUGUGUCAUAUCCAAACCUCUCACUGGGGUUCCUACACCCCGGGGCCCAGGUUUAUCUGCCUCUUUCCGAGGCCAGGCAGCAUCCCACUGUAUAGCAUGAUUGCACUGGGCUGAUUCUCCUUGAACCUGACUCGGGGUCCUGUGUCUGAAGUAUCUUUCCCACUGCCUUCCUGGUAGUCCCGUGAUUUCUCUGUUCUCUGCACCCUUGGUUUUCUCUGCUGCACUGUUUUGUACUUGGUGAUUUGGGGCUGCUUACUGAAGCCUUGUUGUUUUUGUGGGCUGGUCUUAACCCCUCGCUCAGAUAACACACUUUCAUUAGAGCGUGGGACCCUUAUAUGGCAGCAGGUGCCUGAUGAAUGAACACGGUAGGUUCCUUGAGGCUGUCCAGCAUCAAGAGGCCAAGGAUUCGAUAUGAGUGGGCCCUGGCUCUGGCGGAUGCUGAAGGAGGAAGACAUGGAAGCAGGACAACCCUGAACAAUUAAGCCUCUUAAUCCUGAAACAGAACCAGGUCUCCUCUUCCCACCUGCCCAGCAGCAUGAGAGCAGCAUGACUGCCCGGCCGCAGGAGAAGCCCCCAGAGCCAGGCCCCCAACUCAACCAUCAGCUGCAGAGGUCAAGGUGUGCACGACAUCUGUGCCCCACGGUGGUGUUCGGUCCAUACCUCAGCCCCCGUGACAAUGUCAAGCCCCCCUCCCUGCACAUGAGUGGUACAGGCCCACAGGAACAUCUGGCUGCAGCCACGUUCACAGACAUGUCAGCCGUGGAAUAGUGUGGACACCUUCUCUCAGCUUCUCAGGGUUUCAGUCCUUUUGGGUUUUGUUUCAUUGACCUUUUUUUAUGGUUUUGUGGCUGGACGUUCCCAGCCAAGGCAGGCGCCAUGGGGGAUCAGCAACUCUACAAGACCAAUCACGUGGCCCACGGUGGUGAGAACCUUUUCUACCAACAGCCACCGCUUGGCAUCCAUGGUGGGCUGAACCACAACUAUGGGAAUACAGUCACAGGGGCUGGAUUGGAGGCCCCUCAGGCAUCGCCCCUCUCCCCCCACUUCCCUCAAGAUACUCGGGAUGGUCUAGGCUUGCCUGUUGGUUCCAAAAACCUAGGCCAAGUGGAUACCUCGAGGCAGGGAGGGUGGGGAGGUCACACUGGGCCUGGCAACCACGUCCAGCUACGCAGCAACCUGACCAACUCAAACAUGAUGUGGGGGACCCCGGCUCAGCCUGAGCCCGCCGAUGGCUACCAGUAUACCUACUCCCAGGCCAGUGAGAUCCGCACCCAGAAACUCACCAGCGGUGUCCUGCACAAGCUAGACUCCUUCACCCAGGUGUUCGCCAACCAAAACCUGCGAAUUCAGGUCAACAAUAUGGCCCAGGUGCUGCACACCCAGUCGGCAGUGAUGGACGGGGCCCCUGACAGUGCCCUCCGCCAGUUGUUGUCCCAGAAGCCCAUGGAGCCCCCGGCGCCUGCUCUUCCUGCUCGCUACCAGCAGGUGCCCCAGCAGGCUCACCCCGCUUUCCCCGGCGGCCUGUCCAAACCAGCCCUGCAGGUGGGGCCACAUGCCGGCCAGGGGCACCUGUACUAUGACUACCAGCAGCCGCUGGCCCAGAUGCCGGUGCAGGGAGGACAGCCGCUGCAGGCCCCCCCGAUGCUGUCGCAGCACAUGCAGCAGAUGCAGCAGCAGCAGUAUUACCCGCCGCAGCCGCAGCCGCAGCAGGCUGGGCAGCAGCCUCUAUCCCUGCAGGAAAUGCAGCAGCAGCAGCAGCAGAGCCGCCCGCAGCAGCCGCAGCAGCAGCAGCAACAGCAGCUGCAGCUGCAGCAGCGGCAGGGUCCGAUGCAGAUACCUCAGUAUUACCAGCCCCAGCCCGUGAUGCAGCACUUGCAAGAACAGCCGCAGCAACAGCCGCCGCAGAUGCACCUGCAGCCCCCCUCUUAUCACAGGGACGCCCACCAGUACGGCCCGGAGCAGGCUCACGCCGUCCAGCUGAUCCAGCUGGGCUCCGUACCCCAGUACUACUACCAGGAGCCCCAGCAGCCCUACGGCCACCACGUCUGCCAGCAGAGCCACCUGCCCCAGCACCAGCAGCGCGAGGACAGUCAGCCCAAGACGUACCCGGGCGACAGGCAGGCCCAGGCCAUGCUGAGCUCCCACGGUGACCUGGGGCCUCCCGACGCAGGAAUGGGAGACCCGGCAAGCUCGGACCUGAACCGGCUCGGCGGGGCCCUCCCCCACCGGCCGCUGCUGUCCCCCAGCGGGAUCCACCUAAACAACAUGGGGCCUCAGCACCAGCAGCUGUCUCCCAGUGCCCUGUGGCCCCAGAUGCACCUACCUGAUGGCAGAGCCCAGCCAGGGUCCCCGGAGUCAAGUGGCCAACCAAAAGGAGUGUUUGGGGAGCAGUUUGAUGCCAAGAACAAAUUGACGUGCUCCAUAUGCCUGAAGGAAUUCAAGAGCCUACCUGCCCUGAACGGCCACAUGCGGUCCCAUGGGGGAAUGAGAGCCUCCCCCAGCCUCAAACAGGAGGAAGGAGAGAAGGCCCUGCCGCCUCAGCCUCAGCCCCAGCCGCCACUGCCACCUCCGCCUCCGCCGCCACCGCAGCUCCCUCCCGAGGCAGAAAGCCUCACGCCUAUGGUCAUGCCCGUGUCUGUCCCUGUCAAGCUUCUCCCGCCCAAGCCAGGCUCUCAGGGCUUCGCCAACAGCAUCGUUGCCGCCCCCUCCACCAGAGACAAGCCAGCCAGCUCGAUGUCGGACGACGAGAUGCCCGUGCUCGUGAGGAUGACCCUCUCUCCCCCACACUCACCCCAAGGGGCUGCCCCCCACCCGCCUGCUGAACUCCCCAAGAAGCAUCAGCCGGCCGUGGCCAAAGCCGAGGAGCCCCUCAAGAGCUUGCCGGACAAGAAAAAGUUCCGGCACCGGCCGGAGCCGCUGUUCAUCCCGCCACCGCCCUCCUACACCGCCAACUCCGCCGCCGCCUCCUCGUACUCGGGCGCCACCCUGUACCAGAGCCAGCUGCGCUCCCCCCGCAUCCUCGGGGACCACCUGCUGCUGGACCCCGCCCACGAGCUGCCCCCCUACACGCCCCCGCCCAUGCUGAGCCCGGUGCGCCAGGGCUCGGGCCUCUUCAGCAACGUCCUCAUCGCGGGCCACGGCCCCGGCGCGCACCCGCAGCUGCCCCUCACGCCCCUGACGCCCACGCCGCGGGUGCUGCUGUGCCGCUCCAACAGCAUUGAUGGCAGCAACGUGACAGUCACCCCAGGGCCUGGAGAGCAGACCAUUGAUGUUGAACCACGCAUCAACAUUGGCUUGAGGUUCCAAGCAGAGAUCCCAGAACUUCAGGAUGUCUCUGCCUUGGCUCAGGACACACACAAGGCCACACUAGUAUGGAAGCCCUGGCCAGAGCUGGAAAACCAUGACCUCCAGCAAAGAGUGGAGAAUCUCCUGAAUUUGUGCUGUUCAAGUGCGUUGCCUGGUGGAGGGACCAAUUCUGAAUUUGCUUUGCACUCUCUUUUCGAGGCCAAAGGUGAUGUGAUGGUUGCUCUGGAAAUGCUGCUGCUGAGGAAGCCAGUCAGGUUAAAAUGUCAUCCGUUAGCAAAUUACCACUAUGCCGGUUCGGACAAGUGGACCUCCCUAGAAAGAAAACUGUUCAAUAAAGCACUAGCCACUUACAGCAAAGACUUUAUUUUUGUACAGAAGAUGGUGAAGUCUAAGACGGUGGCUCAGUGUGUGGAGUACUACUACACCUGGAAAAAGAUCAUGCGCUUGGGGCGGAAGCACCGGACACGCCUCGCAGAAAUUGAUGAUUCUGUGGUGAGUGAAGCUGGUCAGUCGCUGCUUAUGCGGGCCCCGCUCCCGCCCCACACCCAGACGAGUGAAGAAGAAGAGGAGUUAGAGGAGGAGGAGGAGGACCCGGAAGAAGAUAGGAAAUCUACAAGAGAAGAAGAGAGUGAAGUGCCCAAGUCACCCGAGCCACCGCCAGGCCCCGUGCUGGCUCCCGCGGAGGGGCCACCCCUGCAGGCCCUCGGCCAGCCAUCCGGCUCCUUCAUCUGUGAGAUGCCCAACUGCGGGGCUGACUGUAGAUGUCAUGUCACUCCCUUUCUUCCCCAGGUGUUCAGCUCCCGACAGGCACUGAAUGGCCACGCCCGCAUCCAUGGUGGCACCAACCAGGUGACCAAAGCCCGGGGGGCCAUCCCCUCUGGGAAGCAGAAGCCAGGCAGUGCCCAGAGUGGGUACUGCUCAGUGAAGAGCUCCCCCUCUCACAGCACCACCAGCGGCGAGACAGACCCCACCACCAUUUUCCCCUGCAAGGAGUGUGGCAAAGUCUUCUUCAAGAUCAAAAGCCGAAAUGCACACAUGAAAACGCACAGGCAGCAGGAGGAACAGCAGAGGCAAAAGGCUCAGAAGGCAGCUUUUGCCGCCGAAAUGGCCGCCACGAUCGAGAGGACUACGGGGCCCGCAGGGGCGCCGGGGCUGCUGCCCCUGGACCAGCUGAGCCUGAUCAAACCCAUCAAGGACGUGGACAUCCUCGAUGGCGACGUGGUCCAGCAGUUGGGAGGCGUCAUGGAAGAGGCCGAGGUCGUGGACACAGAUCUCCUCUUGGACGACCAAGAUUCGGUUUUACUUCAGGGUGAUGCCGAACUAUAAAGGCCCACUUGUCACGCAGAGAUAGCCAACACCCACGGCCUCCGUCUUCGUUAAUCAGGAAACCUGGACUCCCUGCUCGUUUUGUAACCAUUUUAAACUACCUGUUUAAAGAAGUGGUCGUUUCAUUCAGGUUUAGGAAAAAAAAAAUUUUUUUUUCAGUUUCUUUUCCUUUUAUUUAAAAAAAAUCAAUGUUUCUGUGGGAGGUUGGAGGGAAUAAAUAAUUGGCACAACUCUAUUUAAGAGGUGUUUCAUCUGGGCUGCAUUCCCACGAACUCAUUCCUGGCAGGGAAUAAACCUGACCUUCAAUGUUCUUUUGCUUUCAGAUGUCAACCAUCCUUGCUGCCUUUGAUCCCAAAGCUUGCCGUGAGCGUGUGGAUGCGUGUGCGUGUGUGGAGCAGGCUCCCCUCUUCAUGUUGGGGCCUUGGGCCAUCCUUUCCCACUAAGAGUUAUUUUUGUUCUGUUUUGACCUCAUUCUGGAGUUUGCAGCAAACCUGGAGUCUCUAACAGGAGAUUCUGUGCUAAGGGGUAACUUUCCAGUGAGCAAAGCAAGCCCUCCUCUUACACGACUUUCCUCUAGCACAUACACCAUUUGAAAAGUCGACCAAAUGUGAAAAUAAGUUUUCUCCCUGCCUCGGCUAUCCCCGUUGGCCUGUUUCCAGGAGUACUGUACAAUUUCAGGCUUUACUGAGGACCAGGUCCCUAGAGGGAGUACAUCAUCCUCUCCCGUGCUCCCCCCUUCCCCCGGAACUGGUUGGUUCCGAUUCGUGAAUUGGCAGAGCCGUGUCUCUGUUUGAGCUGUCUAGAGGAAAACAACCCCAACCAUGAAGUUGUUUAGGGAAAGUGGUUGAGGGUCACACAUUCUGGGACACUGAAAAGUGUUCUUUUGCCCAAAAACUAGACUGGAAAAGCCCAUUCUUUUUGCAACACUGUUUAAUGGUCCAUGGAGUUCUGGAAUUACUUUGUGUCCCUUAGAAGUACUGUGAAACCUCAUUCGCUGGGAUUCUGCUGUCAUUCACCUUUGCUGGACUGUUUCCUAACCGAUUUAACAGCAAAUACAAGUGAAAUAGCAUUAAAGGCCAACAAUAAUGGUUUCUGAUACCACUUUAGCCACCAAUAUUUGCAUUCAAACAAGGAAUGUAUUCAUUCAAGUCCUUUACCAAAGCAUUUCUAGAAUUCUCCAAGCUACAGAACUCUGCUUCCUCCUGUCUCCUUAGCAGGGUUGCUGUUUGUACUUGAAGGUAAUAAGCCUAUAAUCCUUCAAAAAUGGCAUUUAGCUCAGGCUUUUGAGCUGAGUCAGACUGCCCCCUCCCUGGGUAGGGCAAAUGAGCACGUGUCUUCAGACUGGGACGCAGCCCAGCAGAGAGGACUGCCCCCAGCGUCCUCCCCUGGAGCGUUAAUGCUGCCUGACUUCUGGAAGGAGGGCUUUCAGGCCUUGCCCCACCCCAGGGAGGCUGGCUCCCCGAGCUUGUGUAGGUGUGGCCUGUCCCCGAAGACUCUGCUGGCACAUUAGUUAAUAGCUUGACAUUAGAAGGUCAGCCAAACAUGAGGACAGGACCUGAGCAUCUUUUAAAGUUUGACUCCAGCAGAAGCAUUUUAGCACACGCUCGCUUUCCCUCGCAGCCCUGCCUAGGCAGUGUUCUCUGAAUCUCAGGAAAGCCACGGUCAGAAGAUAAAUGUAAAGGUUCUUUUCGUUUCUGUCUUUGCGUUUUCAGAAAAAAAGGCCUUGGGGGUUUCAUUCAUCCUUUCCUACAGGCAAAAAGAAAGGUUUUAUUUGCUGCCAUUCUAGACAGGUUAUUCUCUCUUCUAUUUCGAGUUAAAACUGCCCAGGCCGUGCGCAUCAACUUUGUGGCAGAAUUGUUCCAGAACCAUUCCGUAAGAUCAGCUGAUUGCGGCUGUCCCGGUGACUGCUUCCCUCGGCGUGUGCUGGCCUCUGAGAGUGAUUCUGGAAUGGUUCUGCUAUCGGGUCUAUGAAAGCUUAUCUAUCAAAGGAGCAAACACCCAGAAACAUGUUUAUAAAGCAAAUGUCCUUGUUGUGUUUGGAGACUUGCCCAGCCGUUCCAGUUUUAAACAUUAAAAAUAAACUGAGUUGCCAAGGCAAAAAAUGUAAUGCACAAUUUAAUUUUGAUUUUUCAUGCAGUAUAAUGUAAGCAUCUUUGACUUGAAAUAACCAAAGAACUCCUCCUUAAUGAGACAGUUCAAAUUGCUGAAGUAGUAUUUCUUGACAAUAUCAACUUAAAGAAUUGACUUCACGGUAAAAUAUUGCACUUAUUUUCCUUCUGAAAUGAUUCUGCCUGCAUGUAUGUGUUGUGUUUUUGCUUCCCUCGCCCUCCCCACCCCAAAGAAUUUCUCUUCCUAAAGAUUAAUGUCUUCAACACCGUUACUGUUUACUAUCAGAUGGUUUUUCAUUAGUGAAUUUAGACCUCUUUGAGAAAGCUUGUAUAUAAAAAGUUAACAGAUAUAUUUUAUGGAAAAACCCAUCUUAUUUUCAAAUAUAUUUAACUGCUGUUAUAUUUUAUUAGAGGAAGGUUGUAAAU